AUGAGAAAGAUGCCUGAACAGAGUGGUUGCUAUAGGCCUGUAAACAUACAGGGAAAUAAGAUCAGUUACCAAGGCACUUGUCAAGAAAGCCCUGAAAUGGGGAUGAAAAGAUUGCAGAAGCGAUUUCUCCACAAGGAUGGCAGCUGCAACGUGUACUUCAAACACAUCUUUGGGGAAUGGGAGAGCUACGUAGUGGACAUAUUUACCACACUGGUGGACAUCAAGUGGCGCCAUAUGUUUGUGAUAUUCUCAUUGUCGUACAUUCUUUCAUGGUUGUUCUUUGGACUAGUCUUCUGGCUGAUAGCAAUCCAACACGGAGAUUUAUUCAAUGAUGAGGAAAUAACGCCAUGUGUUGCAAAUGUCCAUAGCUUCACAGGAGCAUUCCUGUUCUCCCUUGAAACCCAAACGACCAUCGGUUAUGGUUACCGCUGUGUUACAGAAGAGUGCUCUGUUGCAAUCCUCAUGGUUAUCCUACAGUCAGUAUUAAGCUGCAUUAUUGACACCUUCAUAAUUGGAGCAGCCUUGGCAAAAAUGGCCACAGCUCGAAAAAGAGCUCAAACCAUUCGUUUUAGCUACUAUGCUGUAGUAGGCUUAAGGGAUGAUAAAUUUUGCCUCAUGUGGCGCAUUGGUGAUUUCCGGCCAAAUCACAUGGUGGAGGGCUCUGUACGAGCUCAGCUUCUGCGCUACAAGGAAGACAAGGAAGGGAGAAUGACGAUGGAAUACAAGGACUUGAAGUUGCUAAAUGACCAGAUCAUACUUGUUACGCCAGUGACAGUUGUACAUGAAAUUGAUAGUGAGAGCCCCUUGUAUGGUCUAGACCGUAAAGCUCUGGCCAAGGACAACUUUGAAAUCUUGGUCACAUUUGUCUACACAGGUGAUUCAACAGGAACUUCACAUCAGUCAAGAAGCUCGUAUGUUCCCAGAGAGAUUCUUUGGGGCCAUAGGUUUAACGAUGUCUUACAUGUAAAGAAAAAAUACUAUAAGGUGGAUUGCUUACAGUUUGAAGAAACCACAGAAGUUUAUGCUCCUCACUGCAGUCCCAUGCAACUGGAUCGGAAGGAGCAAGAAUGGAACCGAACCGAGAAGACACGAGAAAAAGCAGAGACGUCAGCUCUGGAGAUCAAACCAUUUAGUACUAACCGAAAGUCAUUUAAUGCAGUUGCCCUCAUCACUAGUUGUGAAGAUCCAGAAGACCCAGUGACAGCUGUCAAUCAGCCUUCUGGAGAAAUCUCUUAUCAGAAAGCAGCUGUGACCUUAAGUAGGCUAUCAGUAGAGUCCCAAAUCUAG